AUGGACACAUGUGUGAUGGGUACCGUACCACUGACGGACUCCGAAUGGUUAGUGGAUGCGGUCGGCGCGCUCAACGGAGUCUACGCCCAGCUUCAUCCUUAUGUAGCUGUGGCUUUAUGUCUUGCAGGAACAGCAAUGAAUGCCGUAACAAUCGUCGUUUUGACCCGACCAUCGAUGUUGUCUCCUAUUAACGCGAUUCUUUGCGCCGUUGCUAUCUGUGAUAUGCUGGUGAUGAUGUCGGUCCUCGUAUUUGUCUCUCAUUUUCUCAUAUCAUCUAGUUUCAGAUGUGAUCCAGAUGACUAUAAUAGGAUGUGGGCAUAUUUUCUUUUUGCUCAUUCACAAAGUACUGUAAUUCUACAUGCGACUAGCAUUUGGCUCACGGUAAGCUGA